AUGCUAGAGCAUUUACUAAAUAGUAUUUCCGUAAUUAAAUCCGCGGUCGUUUCCUGUACAAAUCGUGCUCUUUUGGAACUAGUUGAAAUCAGAUUUAGCAGCAUCCAGCCAGAAGCCCCUUCCUACCUGAUUAUAAUUUACAACCUGCACACUGCUAUGACUGCGUCAUCCAACGACUGGAUUUUCUCUGAAAAGGAGCUGCGAGCCACUCCGUCCCAACGGGAUGGUAUGAAGCAUACGGAUGAGCUUGUUCUCCGUCGUAAAGCUUGUGACUUGAUCGAGAAAAUGGCCAAGGCAUUAGAAUUACCGAAGCUUGCUCAGAUUAGCGCAGCCAAUUUUCUUCAUCGAUUCUACAUGCGUCAGUCCCUCGUUCGAUAUGACAAGUUUCUUGUCGCGGCCGCUUGUGUACUACUGGGAUCUAAAGCUGAAGAGAGUCCAAAGAAGAUUGGACUUGUUGCGAAAAUCUACAUCGCAGUUCGGAAGGUUGUUGAAAAAGAUCAAGUGUUUGCAAUACAAAAGCAUGAUUCUCAAGCUAUUGGCGGCAAGAUCAUAUCAAUGGAAGGAGUUGUACUGCAUAGUUUGGCAUACGAGCUCACUUUAUCGCAUCCAUACAAAUAUAUUAAUGAGAAAGUUGACAAGGUGGUGCGACUACAGCAGCUGAACGAAGAGGAGACAAAGAUUCAAAGUAGCAAGAUUAAGCAGGUGGCAUGGUCUUUUCUUAAUGAUAGUGCGUACACAGUGGCGUGCUUGCGACUUGAGUCGGUGGACUUGGCGGCUGGUGCUGUCUAUCUGGCUGGGCUCUAUGAGAGCUACGUGCCUGAAGAUCUGUGCACUGAAAGCGGACUUCCUUGGUGGAGUGCUCUGGCGACCCCUCUUCAUACCUUGCAAGAUGCAGCUCGCUACUUACUGAAUGCCUACACGGCACCAUACAUUAAAACGAACGUGCUUGCAGCGGGACUGUCCAAGUUAGUAUAUAUGUUCCACCCGCCCAAGUCAGUUGAAGCCUCUGCGUCGCUCGUUGAGGUCGAUAUAGUUGAGGAGCUUCCAUCGCCUAUCGUAUCUUCACCGAUGGAUUCUGCUGCGUGUGUGACAUCCCCUGAGUGUUGCAGCAGCCAAGGUCGAUCUCCGUAUGACCACGACUUUGAUCAAGAUGUGAAGGUGCAUGUUAUGGACAGCGAUGAAAGUCCCCGCGAGACAGCGCAAAUUCCUGCAACACCCGCGUCGUUGUUGGACAGUUUCCCUCUCGCCAACGAAAGUUCAAGUGCUGACAAGUUGUUGGGAAGCACUGCAACGACGCGUGUGGCAAAUAAUGGAAGACUGUCGUUUAAACGCAGUAAGGAUCCCGAAAAAACAUUUUUUUCUGAAAAAAAGCUUAAGCACUGCAUGUAA